UAUUCAUAUGGCCGACUUCGUGCAAGUGAGUAUAAAAGCUACAUCAAUGUGGGCAAACAGCAUUAAACACAGCGAGACAAUUGGAGUAGCAGCAGCAGUAGUACUCAAGCCACAGUGAUUAAUUAAACAAAAGACUCAAACAACAUGAAGGCCUUUUACGCACUCACUUUGCUAGCCGUCAGCUACUUCGCCAGCACCAGCGCAGGCCUCAUUGGACAUGGUAUCCCCAUUGCCAUCGAUUUGGAGGAAAACAGCCCACCGCAAUAUGAAUUCCACUAUUCCGUGCAUGACACCCACACCGGCGACGUUAAGGAUCAGUUCGAGCAUCGUCAUGGCGAUUAUGUAACCGGCCGUUACUCGCUUAUUGAACCCGAUGGCCAGCGUCGUGUUGUGGAGUAUAAUGCCGAUCCAUUGUUGGGUUUCACCGCUCAAGUGCAUCGGGAAGUGCCAGUUAUCCGCCAGCUGCCCUUACAUCGUCAUUAAAAGUUUGCCAGCAGAAAAGCAGUAGUGACAUAUACACCUACAUAUACUUGUAUAUUCAUUCUUACAUAUCCAUACAUUUUAUUUAUAUCGACAGUUCUGUAAAGCAUAUGCAUUGAUCCUUACACACUUACACUUACACACACGCAUGUACAUACAUACAUACAUAUUGAACCAUAUAUAGCAGAAUUUAAAGUUGUCCAGAUAACAUGUUGGGCAAAAACUAACAGUGUGUUGAAGACAUGUAAUGUGGACGACCCUUUAUACACAUACUCUUAUAAUAAAAUACAUACAUACUCCACAUAAAGGCCUUGAGCUACUCAUUGCAACAUAUACCAUUUCACAAACAUUCAAAAAUAAAUGAAAUUAUUUAUGCAAA